AUGGCCGCAGCAGGCCCUGCCAUGGAGCCGCCGUCCUGCGUUGGGCUCGGCCUGAACCUGGCUCAGGACGCAGAUAUAUCGCACUUUUCUCUGCGGCCAGAAACAAAGCCAGCGGCCCUCAGGAACCGCUUCCAAGCUACCGUGGAUGACGACGACUCAGAUCAAGACACCGUCGUCGCAUCAUCACCAGCCCGCAACAAGGCUGCAGACAGUGUCUCCUCGUCCUCGUCCUCAUCCUCGUCAAGGACGUCGACACAGAGGCCCCAUGGCGAUUGUUCAGACCACUACCAGCCUGCCUCGCCAACACCCGCCAGCCGACAUGGCAAGCCUUGUUCUCCUCCUUCUCCUUCUCCUUCUCCUUCUCCUUCUCCUUCUCCUUCUCCUUCUCCUUCUCCUUCUCCUUCUCCUUCUCCUUCUCCUUCUCCUUCUCCUUCUCCUUCGUCUCCAUAUUCCCAUGCAAACACAAGCACAAGCACAUCAAAGUCGCACACUCCGUCCUCUUCAACGGCAUACGUGACCCCCCAUGCAACAACACUUACACCACCCUCGUCUGCCGAGUCCAGCCCCAAGCAACGGCCUACCGUGCACUUUUCCACCAGACCCCCCGUCGUGCUGCACCACAGAUCAAACAGCUAUCCGGCAGCCGCGGAGCCGCCUUCGCCGCGAUAUACCACGUCGUCACGCGGCGACGGCGGACCACACAUGUCCGUGGUGGACAGACAAUGGGGUCAACUGUUUACCGAACACGGCGAGCCAACCAGGAGACUGGCUUCUGUGCUACGCGGGUUGGCAAACUACAUGGUCCGGGAAUACGAACCACGUGGUUCGCUCGUCAUCCCUCCCGUCAAGAUGUUUGCCUUGUACAGGAGAUAUAAACUUGACAAGGAGCAAUUCCCCUUCCAAGGAAUAUUCGACUACCAAUCCCGUCACUGCCUUCGCAGCCUGGAACUCCUCUACCAAGACCUCUCUUGCGAAUACCACCUCAUCCAGGACCACCACUCCACGCGUCCCUACAUCCCUGCCCUUACACCCGUCGGCCUGCAGACCUGGCUGACGGCCUUCAUCCAAGCCGCGCCAGACUCCGAGUCCUACCGCCUCCAGAGCAUCCUCAUGGACAUCCCCCUCGAGGCAGACCACCAGGGCUCAGCCCCAGCAGAGCGCCUACCAAAACAGCUAUCCCGGCACUUGUUCCCCGCCCACAGAAACGACCGCACAUACAGAGACAUUGUCUGCGCUCUAGACGACUGGAGUAAACGCAUGGGGAGCUCAUCCGAAUCCCCCUCCCCCUCAUGGAGCAACCUCAUCUUCGAAGCAUUCCGGGGCGCCUCACACAUGAGUUCCAGCCCAGCAGGCAUGGGACGCCGAGAGAGGCCCUACCACACAGAUGACUACAAGCGGCACAUCAGCCGCAAGUCGCCACCGGAAGAUGUUACCAUAUCCCCCGCAAACACCUCCCGCCGCAGACAGAAGAGCACCUCCACCGCCAGUCGCACGCCACAGGAGGCCAAGUACUACUACUCCUCCGCCUCCUCUUCUCCUUCUUCCUCCGCCUCCCAGCGCGAGAAGGUGUAUAACCCUGAGCCCCGGUACUUUCCUAGCUCGCACAGCGAACCCUCUAGGCGCAGAUACUCGGAGCCGUCGCCCGAGCGCAUCAAGUACGAUAGACACACGAGCAGACGGCGCGACAAGAGUCCCAAGGCUGCAAGGGCCGCAUCAAUCGACAGCGAGAGGAGAUGUAGACACCCUCCACGAAGCUAUUCCGGUUCUUCGUAUUCAAGGGGGCAAGAGGACGUAGACAGGGGCCGAAUGGCGCCGGAUUCGAGCAGCCGGACAUCUGAUGCGUCGCCUGGGAGAGUGGACAGCUACCGCUUCUUUCAGGGGAGGCAACUAGGGCCGACAUAUGAUGAGUUCUUGAGAGGAAAGGGGAGAGGGUGA